CAUGAACUUUUGGAAAACCAAAGCGGUGAAGAAGUUCUCUUUGAUCCAUUGCUGCACUCUGGUUUAGUGCCUUUGAUCCUGCAGAAGAGAAUCAGGAGAAAGGAGCUCAGUGUGGAGAUGGGAGGUUCUGCAGACGAUGCUGCAGUGUUUUUCCGUUCCUCCUGAGCCGUCCUGAUGGCGGUGGUGUUCAGGAAGGCGGUGGGGCGCUGUGGUGUCUGCUGCCCCACCAGCAGGUGGAGGCUAGACACACACUCUCACAGAGAUCCCACCGCCCGAACGCCUCAGUCGGAGCUCAGAUCAUCGGUCAUGGAGCCUCUGAGGACGCUGCUGCUCUUCCUCCUUCAGCUGGCCUCUCCUCUGGCGGCCCCGGUUCCGUGUGAGGAGCGGGUGGUCCGUUUGGAGGCAGAGAUCCGGGGCCUGAUGAACGUCAUCAACGACCAGCACCGCUACAUCCUGGAGCUCCACAACACGCAGUCGCUGCAGCUGCAGCAGAUCCCCAACACACACCUGGGCCCCAAGGACCUGUACAGAGCUACGACCUGCAGAUCGACAUGGAGGACUUUAAGGGGAACCACCGCUUUGCAAAGUACCGGAACUUUAGGGUGGACGACGAGCAGGACCAGUACCAGCUGCAUGUGGGCGAGUACACGGGCACCGGCGACGACGCUCUGUCCGACGCCCUCAACCCCAACAGCCCGUGCUCCGGCGGCAUCAAGUUCAGCACCUUCGACCACCCCAACUACAUCAACGCCGGCGACGACAAAGGCCGCUGCAUCCGGCACAGCAAGUCGGGCUGGUGGUUCUGCCGCUGCGACUCUGGAAAUCUGAAUGGGCGGUACUACAAGGGGCCGUUCGAGGCCAUGAGCGACGACGGCGUGACGUGGUACCUGUGGCACGGAUGGUCCUACGCCAUCAAGUCUGUGGUGAUGAUGCUGCGCGCCGCAGACCUGGAGAACCCGCCGCCCAUCAUCGCACGCUGGCCGGGCCAGUUCCACACCGUCGCAGUGACAGAAGGAACCAACCACGCUCCUUAUGGCCAGUAGGAGGCGCCGUCCUCACGGGCGCACCUCCCCGGCAGCCUGCAAUAAAGUUCUGACCCGAAAUAAAAAACAGCUGCUUCA